ACCAAGAGAUGAAUGGUUUUUAAUCCCUAGUUUAAGAGAGAGAGCAAAGCUCCCUCCUCUCUCCUGCUUCUCCAUCGGUCGCCGAGAUGAGCGUUGGGACCAAGCCCCCGACUGAAUAGGCUGACCACUGCCUUAAGCCACCGGAUGGCUCCCUGACAAGUUCGUCGGCUCAACCAACGAAGAAGUCCAAAUGCGUGGAGAGCACCAAUUUCCCUCGGCCAAGGGUAAAAGGAGUUUCAUGUGGUCACAUCUAGAGAACAAUAGAACUGCCAAUCAGCGGAAGAAGAUGAACAAGCCAGAAAAGGGGAUAACCAGACCAUCCCAAUGAACGUGAGCCCACCCAGGGUGACCUACGAAGAUAGGAUUCUGGGGAAUACUCCGCCUUUAGAGUUCUCGGACGGAGAAGAGCUUAUGUCAGACGAAUCAGAAGGAGAAGAUGGUGACGACGAACUAGAUUGCCAGACAGUUAGGGUUAAGAAAAGCACGAAUGCCAAAAUCAGGAAGCUAUGGCACAAAGCGAUAACUUUCAGAGUUUUGGGUACCUUCUUCCCCUUUGCUUUUCUUCAAAGAAGGGUCCUGAAGAUGUGGGCUAAAACCGGAUAAAUCAAAUCGGCGAUAUUGGCAACGGAUACUACCAAGCAAUUUUUUACACCCAACUAGAUCAUGAUCGAGCCCUGUAUUGCAGACCCUGGGCGGUGGAGGAUCACUACAUUGUCGCAGAGCCAUGGAGGCUCGAUUUUGAUCUAGAUUACUACACCAUCAACAAGACCUCGGUCUGGGUAAGACUUCCUAGACUCCCUCUCGCUUAAUUUGACGAAGAAAUCUUGUACAACAUUGGGGACAAAAUACGGAGGGUUGAGAAGAUUGACUACAAUACUGCGAAUGGGUUUCGGGGAAACUAUGCCAGAAUCUGCAUUGAAAUUGAUCUUAGAAAGAAGCUAGCGUCAAAAUAUAGGUUGAAAAGGAGA